AUGUAUGAGAUACUUUCAGCAUUCCAACUUAUCAAUUUACAAUGCACGAAGAAAUUCAUUUCGUUACAUCUAUGUGAAGCUCGAGGCGCGUUUGUCUCUGCAACAAAUCAUUACUUUAUGGGUUUAAGGAAACAAUCUGAAGAAAACAUUGAAUGGGACUGGGUUGCUUGUACCUUAAACCCUCACUUCGAAGGAAACGACCAGCGACAUCUGACCGGAGAUGACGCUUUGAUCACCGAGACCGUAGUGCACUGGUACUUUGGAGCUGAUAAUACCGGUGACAUGCGGCUGCGUCCCAACAUAGAGGGAGCAUGGGAGAAGAUGAAGAGCAAGGGUCCUGUUAUGCUGGUGACGGCUGAUGGGUGCAUGGGUGGAGCAGCAUCAGGUCAGGCUUGCGCCAUGGAUGCGCAACUGCAAUUUUGUCAAGUCGUGACAGCGAUGGGAGCUUUGAGCAAGGGAGGAAACCUGGUGAUGAGGAUGGCGAGUCUGUGUGACCAUGCGAGUCUUUGUCUGGUCUAUCUUGUCUCAUGUGUCUUCGCACGCACUUCUGUAUGCAAACCGACCACGAGCGCGUCCACGAGCAGCGAGACGUUUCUGGUCUGCGAGCACUUCGAGGGCAUUGCCGAGGACUACCUGCAGGCCCUUCUG